CUUUAUUUUUUCAAGAAUUUAUCAUACAAAAACGAUCCCACCACCACCCACCCCCUCCUGCCUUUCCCCUCUCGCUUUUUGACGGAUGGCAUGCGCUGCUGAUCAGCAGUAAGAUCCAUGCUCGCUUCAUCCUUCCUCCCCCAGCCUCGAGCCCCAAAUGCAUAUCAUACUGUAAGCAGCAGGACAACCUUCUUUUCAAGCCACCCAGAACCUUUGCAAGGAAGAGAGAGUGGGGAUCGACAGAGAGGGGGAAGGCCAGAAUGCAGGUGAUCCAAGGACUUCCAAGACAUCUCCCGACAAUGGCCUCGCCUAAAAUAGGGAAUCCUUUCGAAAAGGUUUCUUUUCUAGGUCCGGGACAGUGCAGAAGGUACGGUAAUACCGGUACGAAAGGCUUGCAACUGAAUUCAGUCUUCUUUUUUCUUUCCCCACUCCCCUAUCCUUUGAUCCAUUCUUGCGGUCUGGAUUUCGCGUGAUCUUUCUUUUUCCGGGAUACGGGCGCAGAAACACUUCUCUUUUAGCCAGGUCUCCACCGUCUCCGGGGCAUGAGGGCAUCGCAUCCCUGAGCGCGAUUCAAGGGGUCUCCUCUCGUUUGUCCAAUCCCCGCCCUGGCCCUCAAUUGUGGCUCUCUCCAGUCUUGAGCCUUGGGACACGGGCACCAACCCUCCUCGCCGGAAGUGGUUUCGCUCCAAGGGCCGCGUCUUGUUAUCCUCCCUUCAAAAGCCUCUCUCACUUCUUUCUUCCCGAGGAGAGGCAAAAUAGGGAGGGUCUAGUCCCUCUGAGAUCUCCUGAACCUUCCCCCUCCUCCUCCCCCGAUCCUUGGGGCAUUCCUUUUUAUACAUAUCUAUUUCCCGUCUUGUUUCUCGCAAUUUCUUCAUUCCUCCACCAGCCUUUCUAUCGUAACUGAGCUUCUUCUCUCGUUCACCACUGCCCCCCCCCCUCUUUUUUAUACAGAGUUUGCUAUUCUUCUCCCUCCUUCUGCGCGCACUUUUCCUUGUGCUCUUGCUCCUAUCAACCCGGUUCCAUAGUCCUGCAACAUCCCUCUCAACCCACCAAGCCCACGGGUAAUUGGGAAAGGAUCAACACCAUGGCGAACGGAUUAUCUCUAGAGAAGCUCCCCCUGGAAGGUAAGGGAAGAUAUUUAUCAUCUGUCACCAAUUCACAAGGCCCGGUGCCGCCGGCCCCUCAGCCGUGUCCCCCCUUUACCUCCUGUCUGCAUCUCCCUUUCCCCCUUUGCGGCCGGCGAGGAGCGAAGGGCGAUUUCAAGUCUGACAAAGGCAAAUAGUGAUCCACCAGGUGUUCUCCUUCGCCUCACCCCGGGACCUAAUAUCGCUGCGCUUGACUUCCCAUUCAAUACGCUCCACAGCGACGGCAAAUACCCAUUGGCGUCGUCACUUCUUCGAUAGCCUCUUGUCUUCACAUGCCGUGCUCACUGACGACAUAUCCUCGAUAGCCCACGAUCUAUGGGCGUUCCGGCUAGUACCAGACGGGUGGUUCCGAGCUUAUAGCACCGUAAUGCGGGUCGCGAGGGAGGACUGGUUGCGCACAGAUGAGCAGUUGAAGGGCUCGACUUGGACGGUUUUUUUCAAGAGCUUUCUGCGGGAGGGAGGAGCGAGUGCGGAUGACGCAACUCCUCAUGCAUUGGUGGAACUGACGCACGAUUCGACUUCCAUUAUACUAGAGGGAUUGCCACUCCGUGGCGGUCCGUGGCACGUGGAUCAGAACAAGACCUUAAGAUGUUCGUAUCGCCCUCACUUGCUCUACUUUUCUUUUUCCCCCUCCAGCUUGCCUUCGUCUGGAAAAGGUUUGAGGUGGGGUUUGGGUAAUGGGGGGAAGGCUAUCUUCUCACCCGCCGCGGCAAAGCAGCCUGUUCUCAAAAGGUCUCACUAACACCAUCAAAAAAAACUGUUACAGUUUCCGGCUAUCCUCCAAUCGUUCCAUCCCGAGACCCCCACACAUGGUGCAGGGUAAUGCAACAUGUAUCAGUGCUCAUGCUUGCGGAUUCCCCCGAAUUCCUAGAUGCCCUUAAUGUGCUCAAUGCUGAGAUCCUUGAGGAAUCUAGUGCAGCCGGACUCAUUGACAUGGACAAGCGUCAAGCCCUGGAAUCGGGUCUCCGUGAUAGUCUACAGACCGUCGGAGAGAAACGGAAGAGUGAGUUAUCGGCGAGGCUUCGAAACCUGCAUUUGUUGAGGAGUUCUGCAAUGGAGCAAAGCAUGAAUUAUGGUUACCAAGGCACCGGAAACCCGGGCAGCAGCAGGUCCGGGGGUGCCAGUGCUAGUGGCAAUGGGGGGAUCGUGGUAAGUCCCCUGAAAGAGCUAGGUAUGCGCAUUUAAUUUUUUUCUCUUCCCCGUUCACCCUUUGAUUUCCACGCGGUAUAGAGAUAUACCUGGCGGCCUGCUGACUUGUGUAUCAUUGGGGGUGAUGUAGGAAAGCGAGGAGUAUGAUUUCUGCGACAGUGAUGAAGGUUCAUUCAUUCAACUCUUCAAGACAUGGGCGAUGACUUCCCCUGCGGGGCCAUGUUAUCCUGACUACUUUCCUCGCUUUUUGAGACUUCCCCAUGGGUCGUAUUUUAUUCCAUGUUUUUCCUCAUUUCCCCUUGGCCAUGUAUUGGGGAUUUUUUAUCCAUCUUUCUUUUCUCCCCACUCAAGAAUGAUGCUGUAGGAUCUCUUGUAAUUUGCUAUCCAUCAGCGCAACUCACCGGAUCAGCCCCACGGUUAGUUUAGCUGGACGGGUUAGCGGAAUGGCGAAUACCAACCAAUAGGACCCAACACAUCCAGAGGGCUCGGGCUAUCGUGUCAGGAAAGCCCUAAUCCUUCUCGGGAGUUUUUGUCCCUGAAUCCGGUGGCUAGGUCCCUGUCGGAGAUAGCGGAUCACGAGAGAUCUUACGGUGCCGGUACUGCAAUAUCUUUUUAAUCACCUUUUUUUUUAUCUCUUCCCUCUUUUUUUCCCUUUCGAUAUUGCUCCUUUAUGUAUCUUAUAUGGAGCGAAUCAUUUCACACAAUAGCUCAAGGGCAGGGCGGCAUGCGCGGGGGGUGAUGCAGCAAGGACGAGAGGCGCUUUCAACAUGCUGGCGUGCAUGAAGAUGUACCGUAGAAAGCAUAGAACCCUUUUGUGG